AUGGCGGCCGAUGGUGCGGAGGCCAAUCUGUACCGUCAGGUCCUUCAACUCAUUCAUCAAACGGGGCAACUCGUAGACGACCUCAGCGCUCGAUAUUUUCAGGGCCUGCACCGCUAUCUUCCGCUCUGCUCGCGCUCAAACUUUUACGGCAAUCUCAUUACGCUUGGCGCCAUUCCCUCCGCCGGGUUUUCAGUUCUUUUGUUGACCAUCUGUCUGACCGCAUCUGCUGCUCAUGUCGAUCGUCAAUCCCUGCGACGCACCACCAAUUCCCUCGUUGCUCUCGUGCAGGAGUCUCAUCCCGUUUCCAUCCCCGUGAUUCAAUCGCGCCUCCUACUGGCCGUCUAUGACUAUACCCAAGGGCGGCCAGAGGACGCAUUCCAGGCCAUUUCGGGUUGUGCUCGCAUGGCCUAUGCCGCUCGCAUUCAUCCCCACUUUCUUCACAACCGUCAAAAGGACACUGUGAGUCCUGGUACUGAUAUCAAAGCAUGCUCGGAUCUGGAUGGUCCGCAAGCAACAGAGGCGGCCAAUACCUGGUGGGGGAUCAUUAUCUGUGAACGGGCCUUUUUCUGCGAAGUUGCCGUAUCUGAGCAACCGCUUUUGACCACUAUCCCUAACGGCGAUGUCCUGCUGCCGAUUGAACCUGAUACCCUGCAGCCGGGCGAGUGUCUGCGUCAGGAUGUUAUGCUGAUACAUGAAGCCUCCAUAGCGGUUUCCUGCAUCGAUUCUUUCGAUGUCGGGGGCUUCGGUCGCUCUGCCCAGGCCGCUUGGCUCCUGGAUCAGGUCUUCAAGGCAUUGGAAAUUCCAAGCCUGCACACUAGGCUUUCACAGUUCCAGGUUCUAGAUAACACAAUCCAGACCUUCCUCGGGACACUCAUGCACCAAUGCUAUGCAAACGAGAAGCUGACUGACUUUUGUCAGCCGAUUGCCAUUACCAUACGGUCAGUCGGUCCUCCAAUUUAG